AUGACUACAAGCACGCAUAAUCAUUAUAAUAAAAGACUUGCCCAUUCUCCGUAUACCAUACCGGCCAAGCACCAACAACACCAGCACCACCAACAACAACAUAAUCAACAGCAUCAACCACAACACCAUCACCCACAUAAUUAUCCUCAAAGUCCUCCAUCGGUACAAUCACCAGAUCAACAACAGCAACCAUACUUAUCAAGAGAAUUUGUUGUUAGAAGGAUUUCCGAAGGAGAAACCGGAAGAUUAAAAGAAGGUUUAAGAUGUGAAGCAUGUGGUAAAGGAUAUAAACAUAUAUCUUCAUUAGCAAAACAUUUAUGGGAACAUACACCAGAAUGGAAUGUUACCAAAAAAUUAUUAAUUUCAAAACAUCAACAAGUUCAAUUACUAGAAGCUGCUAGUAUAUUAGUAGGAAUGAAUGAAAAUCCUUCGAAUUCGAGUGUUAAAGAUGAAGACUCAAGAUACUCAUCACCAUUUUCACCAAGUAAUUCAGCAGAAACAAAUGUCACUUCAACCACACCAACACCUCCAAUGAACCCAAUUGAUAGUAAUGGGAAUUUCAUAUCAUAUAAUGAUAUAAAAGAUGUUGCCAAUGCAACAGCAAUAAACAUGAAUUGUAAUCAAAAUCAGGAUUUCCAUCAUCGAUUUAGAUCAAAUUCAAUAUCACAAUAUCCACCAACAACGGAAAAAUCAAUUAAUCAUACUAAUAGUUCAAUUAAUGGUGGUUAUUUAGAUUCUCCGGUAAUAAUAAAUAAUUUAUCAAAUGAUAAAUCAACCAAUCUUGAAAUCAAAAAUGAAAAAUUUAGAGCAAAUUCAAUUUCUCAAGAUGACGAUGAUGAUAAUUCUGUUGAUAAUUCUGCUGAUGGUGACGAAUUAUUAAAAUCACCUCCUACUCAUUCAAUUCCCGUGAAUAAGGUAUUACCUGUUUCCUCCAUAAUAACUUCUCCUCCAUCAAUUAAUAAUGAAAAUGCUAUUGAUUCGAUCGAAGAUUGA